UCGGCUUUUCACUGGAAAACGUAGUGAUUACAUUCUUUUUGCAGUUUUGCACUGGAUUAUAAAUUUACCCGCGCUUCUCAGAUAUUUUAUAAAUUAAUAUUUGUGGCUAUAACAGUUUUAUUAAUACUUCAUGUGAUUCAUUGAAUAAUAAAUUAACUUGCGUUUACCAUUUUGUUAAUUACUGAGAAAUGUGCUUAACUGUGGGUUUUUAAUAAAUAACAAGUUGCAUUGAAGAGACACUGUUAACAAAGUCCUUAGUUUUCCAAAUUAUGUUUAUAAUUACCUAAUACCGUUCGGUAUUCUAAAUUGUAGAUUAGUUUUAUUUAAGUUAUAUCUUUACAAAAAACAAAUUGAGAAAUGAGCGACUCAACAGUACCGGCAGUACCGGAGUGGUCUCCGAAGUACAUGGUGCGCGUGGUACGGGAAGUCAUAAAACAUGAUGUUCUCUGUGGAGACUACAAAAAUCCAUGCAACUAUUCACGGGAAAAGUUGAGCUCGCUGCGCAGCGCGGCGUGGCGGCAGGUGAGUGCGGCGCUGCGGGCCGACUGCCGCCGCUUCCCGGUCAUGUACUGUGCAUACGUGAGUACUACACAGCAGUACCUACAUACCAAUGUCGCUUUAAGCACCGGCUUAAAGCCCAUGAACAAGGAGCCAUUACUGCAAAUGUUGUGGGAUUUUGUAUGAAACGGCAGACUGCUAUAUGAUGCUACUAAUACUAAUCCCCUUGCAUGGAGCUGGUCUAUUUUUUAUUCCUGCGAAUUAUAAUUUUUCAACAUAAAUAUAAUUUUUAUUGAACAUCUCUUUCACCUAAAACUACUGCAAGGAAUAGUAGCUGCAACAAAAACCCACCUUGACCCAUAGAAGCAC